GAACAAGUGAGUGAGCGAGUGAGUUGGGUUUAUCAGCUAAUUGGGGGUCGUCAUGGUGAUAGUUCUGGCAGGGUUGUCUCUUGUAUUCUACCUUAAGAGAAGGAAGCACGCCAUCAUUUUACGGCACAACGCAGAAAGCCCUGACCCUGGCAAGCAUGAUGCCAAAUCUUUCCCGCUUCUUCCUCCUCGACCAGUGUCGUUAUCUUCUUCCACGUCAACAUGUCAUCAUGCACAGUUCCCGGAACUUGGAGAUCCUAACACAUGGACAAAAGAAGUAUUUCUGAUAUUGUCCCGAACACUGACACACAACUGGAAAACAUUUAUGCGGAAUUUACCAGGAGAUACUGACUUCAAUGCUAGUGUUCACUACAAGUGCGAGCAGGUGGAACUGGAUGUCCACGGUGUCCCUGAGCAGGUGUAUCAAGUCCUGCAGUGGUGGGCGGAGUCCCAGUAUGGACCAGCAGUUUCAGUGGACAGCAUCCUCUAUACACUUCAUUAAAUUGGCGACUGUGAGGAUAUACAGAAGGAAAUCAGACAUAAAUGUUCAAAACUCGCUAGAAGUAAACCCAAGAAGUAAUAUCGACAAUAAUGACGUCAUGGUAGAAAGUGGGACAAUAAUGACGUCAUAGCAGACAGUGGCUCGACAAUAAUAACACCAUGGCAGAAAAGGGGCAAUAAUGACGUCAUAGCAGAAAAUGGGACACUAAUGACGUCAUAGCAGAGAGUGGGUCGACAAUAAUGACGCCAUAGCAGACAAAGGGGCAAUAAUGACGUCAUAGCAGAAAAUGGGACACUAAUGACGUCAUAGCAGACAGUGGCUCGACAAUAAUAACACCGUGGCAGAAAAGGGGCAAUAAUGACGUCAUAGCAGAAAAUGGGACACUAAUGACGACAUAACAGAGAGUGGAUCGACAAUAAUAACGUCAUUGCAGAACUUUAUCCAAAGCAGAUCGUUGUUAACAAUGCCAACAAACAAUAAGACACACAUACAUGUUUCGGUCUACUGCUAAUCAUAUGGCAUGCAUUUUCAGAGAUACGAAGUUUUUCCGCACAUGUUUGUCAAUAGUUCUGAAAAAACGGCAGAUAUUCUGUUAAACAGAAACUGUGUUUACACUUUGACUUGAAGAUAAAUCGAUGGCAUAGGGACAUGACUUAAUCCCAUUGUAGCUUUACUAUAGUGACAGGCGUGUUUGGUCACCCACAGACAGUGGGAGGUGUCGUUUAGGCGCGAGUGUUUGCACUCAUAAUAUAAGGGUAACGCUAUUUUUCAGGGCAUUAUC